AUGCAAUUCCAAUCAGGAGUUGUCAAAUUGGACAGAGUAUGUGUUUGGGAAAAGAAUAGAAUUCCAAUCGGGAGUUGUCAACUGGGAACUCAAAGACACGGAGAGGAUUCAAAUUGGACAGAGAAGAUGGAUAUCAAGCUGGGGGAUGGAUAUCAAGUUGUUACUCCCAAAGCCAGAGUGGACACCAUUAGAACACUUAUUGCUCUUGCUGCUCAAAAGGAUUGGAAACUGUACCAGCUUGAUGUGAAAUCUACCUUCCUUAAUGGUGUGCUACAAGAGGAAGUCUAUAUCAAUCAACCUGAAGGUUUUGUAAUUAAAGACAAAGAGGACAAAGUUUAUCGUCUACAUAAAGCUCUCUAUGGUCUGAAGCAAGCACCAAGGGCUUGGUAUGGAGAGAUAGACAGCUAUUUCACUCAAUGUGGUUUUAAGAAAAGCCUAAGUGAAGCAACUUUAUACACCAAAGAAAGGGAAGAUAAGGAUAUCCUAAUUGUCUCUAUUUAUGUAGAUGACAUUGUCUACACAGGGAGCAAUAAGGAGUUACUAGAUGAGUUUAAGGAAGAUAUGAUGACUAAAUAUGAGAUGACAGAUUUAGGUCUCUUGCAUCACUUUCUUGGCAUGGGGGUGAUUCAAACCAAGUCUAGUAUAUUUCUACAUCAAAAGAAGUAUGCUAGCACCUUGUUGAACAAAUUUGGCUUGACUGAAUGCAAAUCUGUAACCACACCUCUUGUUGCCACUGAGAAACUAGCUAAGGAUGAUGGGAGUGGAGCUGCAAAUGAAGAACACUACAGAAGCAUUGUUGGUAGUAUGCUGUACUUAACUGCUACAAGACCCGACAUUAUGUAUGCUUCAAGUCUGCUAGCCAGAUUCAUGCACUGUCCUACAAACAGGCAUUAUGGAAUAGCUAAACGUGUUUUGAGAUAUGUCAAGGGAACUCUAGACUACGGCUUAGAGUAUGUGAAAGGCAGGAAAUCAGUUCUGAUCGGCUACUGUGACAGUGAUUGGGGAGGAUCAGUUGGUGAUAGCAAAAGCACAUCGGGGUAUGCUUUUACCUUUGGGAGUGGAGUGUUUUCUUGGGCUUCAGUCAAACAGAACUGUGUAGCAUUGUCCACUGCAGAAGCUGAGUACAUCAGUGCAGCUGAAGCAACUACACAGGCUAUUUGGUUGCGUUUUGUGCUAGAGGACUUUGGAGAGCUACAAAUUGAAGCUACUUCAUUGCAUUGUGACAAUAUCUCAGCAAUUACAAUCACUAAAAACCCUGUGUUCCACCAGAAGACUACGCACAUUGAUAGAAGAUACCAUUUUAUCAAGGAUGCUUUGCAAGAAGGAGUCAUUGAUCUGGAAUACUGUCCUACCAACGAACAACUAGCUGACAUUUUCACCAAACCAUUGGCCAAAGAUCGGUUCAAUUAUCUCAGAGGCAUGCUUGGAGUGAAAUCAGCUCAAGACUUAAAGGGGAGUGUUGAAUUAUAA